UCACGUAUAUGAAUAUGUUUGGUGGUGGUAAAGUGUCCGCAAUUGUAUUUACAACGGCACGCUGAUAUCGUACACGUUGGAAUUGCAGUUAGUGCGGAUCGGUGGCAUACGUAUCGUGUGAGAUGUAUGUUUUUUGACGAAAUGCUAUGAAUAACAUGUCGAAUUACGAUAAUACAGGGAAAAAAGAAAACGAGAUGCGGCCGCUGAAUUUGCCACCUGUGAAAUAUCAGAACGCGUUAUUGAUCAAUGUUAGGUCGCCCAAGAGUAGCUCGCAGUUUGGCAAAUUCGACAAUCUGAAGCCGGAGAUAGACACUAUCGGAAUGUUGGAGCCGGUAGCAGCUUCCGUCAGCGCCUUCAACCCAAAGACCGACAGCUUACACGCGUCUAUGAGGCCGAUCAUCAUGUUGGCGCAAUGCUUCUCCUUGUUCCCAGUGUCCGGUAUUAACAACUCCGAUGCAUCGUAUCUCAGGUUCACCUGGCGCAGUCCGAAAUUCGUAUACUGCGCGAUGUCAAUUUUUGGCUCGUCGGUAAUGACGAUAUUCAACAUUUUGAGAAUAGUUGCGACCGGAGUAAAUUCCACGAAAAUGACCACGUUCGUAUUCAAUGGGACGAAUUUGAUCGCUUCGUUGCUGUUCCUAAAGUUAUCGAUCCAGUGGCCCUGUUUGAUGGUAACAUGGGAGAAACUCGAGAAAGAGCUUUCGCACAGGCAUAGAAAAAUCUCGAGGAUCACCCUGGCCACGAAAUUCAGUAUCGUGACCAUAGUAGUGAUGAUGAUUGCAUUAGUCGAACACGGUUUGUCGAUAAUCCACGGCUACAUCCAAGCUAAAGAGUGCGCCCUGUACAAAGCAGAAGAGGAUAUACUUGGUGUGUAUUUCCAGAUGCAGUUUCCACAGAUAUUUUCUAGGAUACAGUACAGUUUGUGGAAAGGAGUAUUGGUGGACAUCUGCAAUAUUCUCAGUACGUUCUCGUGGAAUUUCGUCGACCUGUUUCUCAUUCUUAUCAGCAUCGCCUUGACAGAUCAGUUUCGUCAACUGAACAGUCGUCUGAAUUCUAUAAGGGGCAAGGCAAUGCCCGAAUGGUGGUGGGCCGAGGCAAGGAGCGAAUACAAUCACUUGGCAACGCUAACGAGGCAACUGGACUCCCAUAUCUCCGUUAUGGUUCUCCUCUCUUUCGCUACCGAUCUGUAUUUCAUCUGCAUACAACUGCUUUUCUCUUUCACCAGUCCGAUGCGAGGCAUCAUCGAGAAAAUCUACUUCGGCUUUUCCUUUGGAUUCCUGUUGGCGAGAACGACAGUGGUCUCCCUGUGUGCCGCAAUGAUUCACGACGAGUCGUUACUCCCGGCGCCGAUCUUAUACAGCGUUUCUGGAAGCAGUUUCUCGACGGAAGUAAUGAGAUUCCUGGCGCAAGUAACAACGGAUAACAUUUGCUUGACGGGCAUGAAAUUCUUCUCGGUGACCAGGAGCCUCGUGUUAACAGUAGCAGGAACCAUAGUGACGUACGAACUGGUGCUGGUGCAGUUCAACACGACGCAGCAAAGUGAAGUGUCGAACAGUACCGUGUGCGAGGAUCCUUCUUCCAUGGUAUAAGUUCAUCUCGUUGGAGCACACUAGCACACCGUAAUCUCGGUCAUUCGUUCAACUUCCUUGUAAAGCAUAUCGAUAAAAGAUACUGGUGCAACAAAUCUUGCGUUUGCUAUCACUUGGGAAUAAAAAAUACGAUAACUGUAACAGGGAAGAGUGACUAAUGUUUGUUAUUCCGUUAGCUUCGUAAUUUUGACAUUAAGUGUAAGAGGAGAGGGCAACAAAGUAACUAUGUAAUUGCUCGAUAUUCCUCGAAGAUUCGAGAUUGAAAUUGUUAUUCUGGAAAUGUGCAGGUGUAUGUAGUUGUAACGCACACGUUUUAUUGUUUAUAGAAAAAUAAAGAAGAGGGUGAAAAGAAUGUGAGAAAUUGUGUUUAAUGUCAACGUCUGUCGUUACAUCAACCCAUCCAAGAGCGAGGAACAUCCAUCUCACGUAUCUGUC